CAGGUAUCAAGCCCCGAGGCCAUCAGUCCAUAGUAAGCAACCUUCCAGAGCUCUCACGCUACACUGACGUAGCAGACAACAACAAAACUUAGCUGUCAUUUGACGUUGGUUCGUUUUGAGCGUGUCAUUUACUCUGUUAAUCGUUCAGCAAAGAAUUGUAGAAUGAAUUCAUCUCUAGUAAUUAUCGUGGCAGUGUUGGCGGUGACCAUCAGCACAGUUUCAGGUCUCCAGUGUUAUUCCUGUGAAGGUCGGGAGAACGAAAUGUGCGGCAACAACCCAACACGAGCCAAUCGCAUCACUUGUGCAACCAACGAAAUGUGCAACAUUUUACGCACCGAACGUUCGGAUUUUUCCGGACGAACGGUGACGUUCUCUAGAGGUUGCCGCCAAUCAGCUUUUGCAGGCGCAGUUGGUGGCAACGGAGUUGGCGUUUCCACUUCGUCGCAAUCGUGUUCGACCGACCUGUGCAACACUGGCGACGGCCUAGGAGCAAGUAUCAAUUUCCCGGGCUUCAACUCCAACGGCUUUGGGUUCAACACCAACAGCAACAACAACAACGGAUUCGGGGGCUUCGCAUCCGGUGGUGUCGGCGGUUUCAAUAACGAUUUCAACCGUCAGCCGGGAAACGGCGCACCCGCAGGCACGAAAACGAAUUAUAAUCCUCUGAUGCUUCCCUUCCUCGGUCUCGUCUCAUCGAUCCUGGGAAAUAAUUUGUAGAUGAAACCCGAUGGGGGCAGAAAUUCCAGUCUAGAAACAACUUCCCGUCCAUCAUUGAAUUUUUAUUCCCAAAUCAUUAUUCAUUUAUAGACACACUAGUAAUAUAAGCCACUGAACUAGGAUCGAACAAUCGGUGAUUUUUUUAUACCAAUAUUUUCUCGACAAUCACAUAAUAAAAUCCAUGUAUUUGUUUUAAGUAUUUACUUUUGGUCUGAUUGCAAAAGAGCUCGAUUUCAGACUUGACAACUUUAACCAUGUAUUCGCGUGUAGUAUGGUCCGUUCUGUGUCGCUUAUUUUCUUUGUAUACUAAUUCAGUUCCUCUCCAGCAGAAAUAUUUUUAAAAACUUCCAACCCGAUAUAACACAACUGGGCAAAUAGCUUUUCCAUGUUGCCUCUGACGAACUAAUGCUACUCUCGAGUUUUAAUUUCAUUUUCAAUUUUUGGUUAUACGUUGCGUGUUGGAUAAAUUCCUGGCGAUGUUCUUUUUACAUUAAACGGAUUGACUUGA